CCUGCUUUUGCACGGCGCUUUGCCAGCCGAGGAUAGAGGUACUAUUGGAUGCAUAAUCACUUUGCGAACUACAUGAAGAAGGAUCGUGUCAACGAACCACUUGACUGUCUUUGGCUGUUUAUUGUGCUAUCAAUAUAUGCAGGAUUUGGUCGUCUCCAAGGAUUACUUCUACAACGAACCACAUCAAUGUUCUAUACAAGUUCCGGUCGCUGAAGAGAUUUGUAACAAACACUCGUAUGCUUCAAACAGGUGAAUUUGAUAGUAUUCGAGUACUACACCAGUGCUUUGGAGCACUCAGGUGUUCUUGUAUUCUAGUCUAUCGGAUUUCCGAGGAUAUCAUCUUACGAUGACUCCCACUACUCCAGCGCCGAUUCUCUGCAUCAAGAAUAUUGAAACUGGGAUGGUUCUUCCUGUAGGUUGCUGCAGUGCAGUAGUCACCUGCCUUAUUUACUUCGGUAGAUGAGGUGGUAGUGGCGGCUGAUGCUUCUAAAAUUUUGUGCUGCUAGCGUCUUGGCCCCUGGCCUAGCUCCCUAUCAGAAAAAUCGGAGUCAGCCCUCCAAUUUUUUGCUUUUCUUUUUGUUCUUAUUUUUUUUUCUGGCGAACAACACGAUUGCAACAUCUGCGGAGCAGAGCAUGGGGGCGACGACAGAGCGCUUUAGGGUGAGGAGGAACGAGGAAAGAAGUGAAAGUAGGUAGCGGUAGGCUUUACCGAUAUGACUUCCUAGUACUUAUCCGCCUUGGUACUUUCUGCCUAGCACUUUCUUCCACCAGGCCGCCUCACUCAUGAUUUUAGCGCCGCGCUGUAGAUGACUGGCGAGGCGUGUGACUUCGCCGGUCGCGAUCUCAAUAGUACUAGUUACGUCCGAUCUCUGCGCUUAUUCUUAGCACAGGCCUGCCUCACUGAUUUCGGGUUUGCUAGUCGUAGUUAAUUUUUUACCUGGCAGUGCAUGCUUUAGAUGGUUCAUCAGUAAAUCAGUCAUCAGUGUUGCGGCGUGUCAUACCCCUGCAGGUGUGCUGACUUGCUCACGGGGCUCCGCUGCGUCGGGUUGCGCCUUAGUUUUUCUACAGGGGUCGAAUGUGCGGCUUCUCCGAUAGAUGUAGACUUGUGGCCGAAUGUACGGUCUUAUGCGCCCCCAGUAUGUAACUUGUAUGAGAAAAAAUUAGUUGAACGAGUUAAUUGAUUGUUUGAAAGGGCGGUGGGAUAUAGUCCUAACGCAAAAAAAACACUCUACGGGUGCUACGGACAGCACUAUCAGAGACGUACACAUGACAUUCAAACAGGUGAAUGAUGGCAAUGAUGCGGCAUUGGGCCACGUGCAGGAUCACUGCCUCUGCUGCAGCUCGAAGCAGGUGGUGCACGAUGCUGAGGGCAAUGAGCGGUUCAAGGUAGUAGGUUCGCAUCUACAGUGUGGAGCCUGUUGUCUUAAGGAAUUCACCGUAAAUACAUCCUUGUUUUUGGGCAAGAGCAUCCUCGCUGGAAGACCUUUUUAUGUGUAUAGUUGAAUAAAGAAGUUGCUCAUUUUGUUGUUAAAUUAUGAGGAGAAGACGACCGCUUAAUUUUCCCUCGUCUUGCUCCCCUAAAGACGUUGAAUUAAGAGGAAAACAUGAUUGAUAGUCGCGCGAGGAUUCUGCUAUGAAUUCUCUUUCUGUUAAAGAGGGCGCGCACGACUAUGCUUCUAAUUUUGCCUGCGGGAAGGCAGAGUACGAAAUCACGGAUUUGCAGACAGGAAACACAAUUGGAAAACUUGCCAAAGAACGAC